GAUCGUGGUCCUUUGCUUGGUCAAGGGAUUCUGACAUCAAAUGGGGCUUUUUGGUCUCAUCAGAGGAAGAUCCUAGCGCCUGAAUUGUACAUGGAAAAGGUUAAGGGAAUGGUGAACCUGAUAACUGAGUCUACCCUUAUAUUGAUAAAUUCAUGGAAGCGUGUGAUUGAGAAAGAUGGUGGAGUUGCAGAUAUAAAAAUUGAUGAGGGCAUGAGAAGUUUCUCUGCAGAUGUUAUCUCCAGAGCCUGUUUUGGAAGCAAUUAUUCCAGGGGAGAAAAAAUUUUCCUGAAAUUAAGACAUCUCCAGGAGGCUAUGUCCAAGAAAAGUCUAGCCACUGGGAUUCCUGGAAUGAGAUAUCUUCCCACAAAAAGCAACAGAGAAGCACGGGCAUUGGAGAAAGAAAUCCGCAAUUUGAUUCUGGAGGUAGUAAAGGAAAGACAAGAAGGGAUGAGCUAG